UCCCGGAAGCCUUGGGAAUUGGAACGUUGUCGCUUGUUUGCGUUCCAAACUGCCCUCCCGCCAGGUUCGAUGGAACGCCCGCUCCAUUGAAGGAUACCUGAGCUUCUACAGGCGGCGUCCCCAACCCAUCCGGGUAGCAACUGUAGGGAAAAAUUCGCCGAGCUGAUGAAUCUGGUUUUUUUUUUCCCUUCGAAAGAAGCCAGAGAUGAAAACAGGAGCGCUUUGCAAAUUACCGUAAAGCGAAAAAGAAACAACGUGGGGGAAAAAAAUCCACUUUAGGUGUGCAAUCGGAGGCAGGCGAAUUCACGUUAGCCACAGCUGGCUAGGAUUUCCGCUGCGUACCCUACCAAAACCACCACUAAGGAUGAGGUUGCACCUCUAAAUAUGCUGCCUUGCUCUGCUUGGGUGUGAUACAAGGAUUCAGAAGAGUCGAGGUGAUGCCCCUUCCAGCAAAAGUCGUAGGCUCUCCGAUGGGAAAGGCGAUUCUUCUAAUCCUCCCGUGUUAGUCGGCCUUGCCUGCCCCUUGGAAAGCUGAGUGGUCCACCUUUACCUUCUCAGAUGGUUUCCUCAAGGCCAGGAGAUGAAUCUGUCUUCUUUCCCAGAUCCUUAAUAUCUCUACUUCAGGAAGGAUGAGUAUUUUUUGUUACUGGACUGCCCGGAACUUUUUUCCCAGUGUCAGAAUCCUCACUGUGAAGAAAACUCUGCGUUUUGUAAGAAAAUGGAGGAAAACACGGGCGACGCGAUUCACUCGUGUUAAUAUUCAGAACUUGUCUGGAUGCCAAGCGGUGGCAAAGAUCCUAUUUGUGUGCUGGGGGAUUGAAGGAUUGUCUCGGAAGGCAAAGUGUGAAGGUGUAGCUAUCAACACCAGCGUUGGUGGUCUUCUCAGUCAAGCAAGGCUUUCUUCAGUGGCUUUCCUUCGGGAUCUUGGAUUUGCCUUUUCUGUAAUUAUCCGAGGUUUCAUCUUGUUGUUGAAAUUUAGCCCUUUGAUCUGGUUUUAUCCUUUUACCUAUUUUUCUCCUAGCUUUGCUAAGCUCUGGCUCCACCUACUUCUUAAGUUUACAGAGUCCUCUGGUCCCACGUUCAUCAAACUGGGGCAGUGGGCAAGCACCAGGCGGGACCUCUUUUCUGAAGAGUUUUGUGUCAAGUUCUCCAAGCUUCACAUCAAAGUGGUUCCUCACCCGUGGGAUUACACCAAACACUCUUUAGAUAAAGCCUUCGGAGAAGUGUGGGAGAAGAUAUUCAUGUUUGAAAGCAGAGAGCCUAUUGGAUCUGGCUGUGUGGCUCAAGUAUACAAAGCUUACGUAGAUAAUUCCAUGUUAAGGGACCCUGUGCUGAGUCAACGUGCAAAGUUUUCUGAGUGGGAUUCUGCUCUGGAGGUCUGGAAAAUCUCAGGUUUUAAAGGACUUUUCAGAUGGUUCUGGUGGAGGAAGCACAAAGAUGUUUUGGAAAGUGACCUUCAACCGCUUCACAAAUACGAUUUCUAUGAAAGCGCCAUACAGAAUUCCAGCUCUGGAAGUCUAAGCCCACCCUUAUUUUCCAAGGGGAACCAUAUAUUCCCAGUAGCCAUUAAGGUGCUGCAUCCUGGAUUAGUUCGGCAGGUCCAGAUGGAUUUAUUUCUCAUGAAAAUUGGCAGUCGAUUUCUUGAGCUUUUCCCUGGAAUUAGGUGGCUCAGUGUGACUGAGAUUGUGGAAGAGUUUGAGAAACUCAUGAUUCAGCAGAUUGACUUGCGCUAUGAAGCGAAAAACCUAGAACACUUCCAUCUGAAUUUCAAGAGUACAGAUUAUGUGAGGUUUCCCAUUCCUCUUCACCCAUUUGUGACAAAAAAUGUCCUAGUGGAAACGUUUGAGGAGAGCAAACCCAUAUCCCAAUAUCUGCACAUAGAAACCAAAAUGGAACUAAGGCAAAAAAUAGCCCAGAUGGGAAUGGAUAUGCUUCUAAAGAUGGUGUUUGUUGAUAACUUUGUCCAUGCUGAUCUGCAUCCUGGAAAUAUCCUGGUCCAGGGAGCAGAACAUUUUGAUGACCAUCCUGAAGAUGCGGUGGUCAUAGUGGAUCUGUUGGAUACACUAAUUGUAGAAUUACAACCUUCUCCCUCACCACUCCGACUAGUGCUUCUGGAUGCAGGGAUUGUGGCUGAGUUGCAGAGUGCAGAUCUGGAGAACUUCCGGGCGGUGUUCACGGCUGUUGUAUUAGGGCAGGGAGAAAAGGUGGCUGAAUUGAUUCUUCAUCACUCCAGAGCUAACCAGUGCAAAGAUGUGGAGAAAUUCAAGGCUGACAUGGCAGAGCUGGUGACAAGGGCCAGAAACAAUGCUGUUGCACUGGGGAAGUUUCAAGUUGGAAGCUUAUUGUCCAGUGUUUUCAAGUUACUUAUGAUCCAUCAGGUAAAGCUGGAAAGCAACUUUGCCUGUGUUGUUUUUGCCAUAAUGGUGUUGGAAGGUCUUGGUCGUUCCCUAGACCCUGAUCUGGAUGUUCUGAAGGCAGCUAAACCUCUUCUCAUCAACCCACCAAAUUAGGAAGAAGACCCCUCCCCUUAGUGAGAAGCUGCUUUCAGUGUUUACAUUUGAAAAUUGAGAACCUCUUCAGAUGCUAAGCACUUUGAUCUUUGAAUUUGGAAAUUAAGGUCUAAUCCUUUAAAGAGUACUCAUCUGCUUCAGUUCGAAGGAAUGGGACUGUUCUGGUCAUCUGAUAAGAAAGAACUGCAAGAGUUUGAUUCAGGAUGCUGAUAUUAAAUGCAUCUGUAGAUGCAUUCUAAUUCUUCUGCCAACAGAUGAUUUGUUCUGUGUCCUUCUCUCUCUCUCUCUUCCCCCCCUUCCCCCCCCUCUCUCUGUAUCAUUUCUAUCAGCAUACAACUUUCUUAGUUGUAGAGAGACUGGUCUGGAAAGCAUCAAAGAUUUAACAUGGUCCAAAUGAUUAUUGUAAUUUCCA